AGCAGAGGUUAAAUGGUGACCAGGUGAGGUUUCUAGGUCAGUACACACCUGGCUGUGGUAGAAGGAACACAGGUUCAAUAAAAUGAUGGGGAUUAAGAUGCACGCCGUGGUGGUACUCCUGUCCAUUGCAGCCAUCGCCUCCUGUAGGAGUAUAGAUGGUGAGGGGUCCGGCAGGCCGUGUGCCUUCGGUGAUAGGAUGGUGAAGGACUGUGAGAUAGCAGCGACGAUGGCCGAGAAGUGUUUAAUGAUGGUGUGUCGCGAUGGGACCAUUGUGGAGGAGAUGGUUGGCGGCCCCAUGGACACCGGCUGUUGUUUGGGCUUUGGUAAUGUGUUGUACUCUAAUGGACACCAGACCGAACACUGUAUGCCUAUGACUUGUAAGGACAGCGUGUGGGUGCCCGAGGAGAGCAUUCCGCAAUGUUGUGCACAAUGCCGGGUGUACUCCUACAGUCACUACACUACCUUCGAUGGCCACCAUUAUGACUGGCAAGGCAUCUGUAACUACACCAUGGUAGAGCAGUCCCACUCCACGGAGGGCCACGGAGCUGCUGUCUUCGUCGAGAUGGACCGCGUGGGUAAAUGCGCCACCACUAACUACCACACUACCUUCCGCAACGACCACCUCACCAUCGUCAACAUUACUAAAGUUCCUGCCCUAGACGAGAACAUGACCAUGGAUGUAAAUGGCGAGAUGAUGACCGUCCCGGAUCAAGGCGUGCGGUUCUUAGUAUCCACAACGGGGAACAGGACCGUUAUGGUGUACCGGCGCAACAAGUGCAUCUUCUUGCUCGGGUCUUCAAUGCUUACACUCGUGCAUUGCCCGAUGUCCCUUGAUAUCAUGGCUCCCAGAAUGCUAUCCGGUUCUCUGUCAGGCCUGUGCGGUGCCUUCAACUACGAUGACAUGGACGAUUUCACCACCCCAGCAGGUGAAGUCCAGCCCCUUGAAAUGUUCCCGGAAGACUUCCCCGAGAUGUGGCGGGCAGAGGCCCAGACGAUGCCGAUGUGUAUGCAGGACGGUGUCAGCACGUCAAUCUGCAAUGGCACAAAGGGAAACAAAUGUCUCGCCGAUUCCGACGCCCUUGAGGAAUACAAGACCACUUGCCAAAAUGUCUUGCAGCAAUACAUCUCGAUGAGACCAGAGCUUUACUUUUAUGUCGCCUCGUGUGUCAACGACCUCUGCCUGGCUGGUCAAGGAGACCUUGGCACCGUUACCUCAAUGACGCCAGAUCCUAUCUUCGCCGCCACGACACCGGCUGGCAUGGUGGAGGUCAUCUUAAGGAACUACAUCACUGUGGCGGGUCAACACUUCCAGUACCUCCAGAGAAUGCCACCUCUCAGUGACUUGUCGGCGUGCACUGCCCCCGUCAACACCACGUCCAUACCAGUUGUCGAUGACUCCUCUGCAUCCCAUGACUCCGCCGGUCACGCCCACUAAGAUCUACGUACCUGUGUACCGUGUUCUUGUAUAGUUUAUUUAUUCUUUGAUUUCGUGAAAUAAAAUGCUCCCAGAAAUC